CUCACACAAAUGAAACUUGUGGUGCUAACUGCAUACACCACAAAAAACAUCAUAGUAGUCAGAAUGAUGCCCACAGGGAUGGACCUGGUUACUCUUCUAGACUGCUAAGCCCAAGCUUAAACAGAAGCCAAAGUUCCAGUUAUCCAGGUGGAUCUAAUGAUUCUAAAGAAGAGUUCAACUAUAAAUCCUCAGUUGCUCAUGCUAAAACUGCUGAAACUCUUAAGUAAGUUGAAAAAUGUCAUUAUUUGACUGCCUUUAAAUUUCCCUACCGUAUAUAAAAUUCAUUAAAAGUGUUGAAAUAAUUAUCAUGAUAAAUUUUUUUAUAAAAGACUGUUAUAUAUUACUAAAGUUUUAUAGUUUUUUGCUGUGCACAGAAAAAAAACACUCACUGUCUAUUUCAGAGAAGAUUUUCUGAAUGCUAAAGUCUCUGGGAAUUGGAAGUCACUACUGGAGUUUUACACAUCUGCUUUUAAUUCCUUUGAUGAACUAAAUGUAAUUUUCAAGGUAAAACAAAAUAUUGUUUGUGUAAGGGGUUGUUUGCAAAUUAUGUCAUGUUCAUAUGUCAUACAGACCUGUUUACUCUUACGAUUUUGGCGUACAAUGUACGAUUUUUAGGUGUAUAGGUUGUAUAUACUGUUUAUUUUUUACUAUAAAUAUAACGUAUUGAACGAUUUUGUGAUGAUAUUCUACAAUUUUAAGAGUUUGAAGGUAAACAGGUCUGGUCAUACGUCAAAAAAAAUUUUAUGUUAUACAGCUAUUGUUGACCUACAACCACAAUCAAUUUCAAAAGAACAGUUGAAAAUCGAUUUGGACACAUAUAAUAAAUAAUACCCUGUAGUUUACAUCAUUAUAUUAUUUAAAACCCUUAAAAUGUCUUAACAGGAAGUUUUAUUUAUCUGCUCCUAAAACUGGCAAACACAAGUAGGAAAGAAAGGAUAUUGAUCUUACAAAAAAAAAAUAAAAUGGAAACUGCAUUACUGCAUUGACUGUUACAUUGCAAAAUUUUGAUAUUUCUUACUGCAACAUUGAAUAAGAGAAUAUUGCAAAAUGAAAAUUUUGUAUAAAUAUUUUUCUAUUGCUUUUAACCACAUGGCUCAAGGGAAACUGGUCUAGCUAAGAUCAGAGCCAUAUGAAAGGGUCUCUCAAUGUUUAGCUUCUCUUUAUUGUCCCAUUGCUGAGUAACAAAGGAGCUUCUGCUCCUCAAAGCCUCCUACCCACCUGUCAUAUUUUGCAAAUGCUUUGCCAAAAAUCCACUACAAAUAUAUAAUUGGGGGCUAUCUUAAAGUCAACCAGUAACAAGGUUGUAAGUGGAUAACUAGCUGUAAUAAUAUUUACAUGAAUAUCUAUUAUAUUGUUAAAUAUUCACUAUGGAAAAUGAACUGAUUGUGGUUUAAUCUUUGUUUGCAAGAGAGAUCUGUCAAAGGACUACAAGACCAUAGAGGAUCCUGGCCUAAAAUUUGAAUUUAUUAACUUGGUCUAUGAUAUCCUAGUCAACACAGUAAGUCCAUCUUCAUUGGUUAAUUCUAAAUUGUUAAAUUAAUGUUACAUGUUUUUGCUGGUUACUUUUCAAUGUAUAAUUCCAGUGAGUGUGUUCUUAGAUAAAACAUAAUCAGUUUGGAGCAGGAAAAUAUUAAAUAUUUUACAAUUUCUUCAGAAAUUAAAUUGAAAUGACAGAUGUAACAUGUAUUUUUUAAGUCAAAAGAAAAUUAUUAUUUAUAAAAAUAUCUCAUAGAUGGUGUCAGAAAAAAAAUUGCCUAAUAAAUUUGAUAAACUUUGAUUAUGGUGUGUCUUGUAAUUAAAGAUGUAAAAAAAAAAAAAAUACCUUUCUUGCAGACCAAAUUAUAAUGCUGUGUAAAGUAAAGUAUAAUAUAUGCUAUCCUUGCUUCUGUGUAGUGAACAUGAUUAUGUUCUUUACAAUAUGAUCAAACACCCAAGUAAAAGCUGACCUAUAUUUCUGAUGCUAGUUUUUUUGCUACUUUCCAGAAAUUUAUUUCUGAGUCAUUUAUCGUCUCUAAUCAAAAUAACAUCAUUUUAUUGUAAAUCACAUUUUGCACCACUUGGAAUCUAAUCAAUUGAUAUAAUCAUUGCAACAAUACUGACCUCACCCAAAAUUCAUGUAUAUCACUAUUAACAGUACUUGAAUCACAAAGGUAAAAUGCUAAUUAAAUAAAAUUUCACUGAUAUGCAUCUGAAGGGGUAUAAAAUGCCUCCUUGUUUUUUUUUAAAGACCAAUGGCUGCAGCAGAAGAAAGCUGAGGGAAUUAAAUGUUCUUCAAAAUCAAUUAGCCCUGUCUCAGCUCCCAUCCCCCACCCCCACCCCGCUUUUUUAAAAAAUGAAAUGUGUGAGAACAGAAAGGCAGUCAUGCUGUCCAUGGCAUAACUCCAUUUCUACCAAAAGUAUUAUUUCUGUAUAUGAUCAGCAGUUCAAAAAUCAAUACAACGCUAUACGCCAUCUCUUUAGCCAUACUUGAUCGAUCCAUAUUGAUUUAUUGGCUCAAAUAAUGCUUAGUGCAUUUCAUAAAACUCAUUUUUAACAAAGGUAAAAAUUUUUUUUUUAUGCUUUUUUUUUUUUUUUUUUUUUUUAAUUGCCUUAGGUAAAAUUGUCUCCUAAUGUCUCUCUUUAUAAAUGCUAGACUUUUUAAAAAACAUCUAGCUUUCCACACAUUACCACUUUCCUGUCAAAAUGUUUAUUUUUAUUUGAGUGUUGGUUUGUGUGUUUUUAUUUUAUUUUAUUCAAUUCUCUUCAUCCAUUUUUUAGUUGACAUCAGAAUUUAUAAUGUCAAGAACAUAAUAAUUCCAUUUGAAUAUCCAUGUUAAAAAUCAAUAGCAGUGUGGCUCUAUGUUUGUCAAACGAGUUUGCCACAUCAUGCAGUAUGAAAUUCCAACGAUAUUAGGUUAACAUCUGCUCUUUGCAGCAUCUGACCCUUUAUGCAUGCCAACAGCAAAGAUAAAAUUUUAUGGGGCUAUUUUAUUUUUUACAAGCAGUUACUAUUUUCACCACAUCUUUCAAGAAAAUAAAGAUUAAUUGUGUAUGUACCAAUGAAAUCGUGUGGUGGACAAGAAUGUCAAAGAAUUUUUCCAAACUGUUCCUAAUUUUAAAUUAUGUUUGAGUAGUUUCGUAAUUUAUUUAACCCUUUAAGAAAGUAUCCAUGUAUCCAGACAAUAUAAUAAGAUAAUGAAAUAAAAUAAUAAAAUAUUCACCAAUUUUGUGGGUACAGUUUUAAUGGGAUAUAAACUUUAGCACAAAUAGAGGACACAUUGGUUGAUUUGUUCCUAAUUGUAUGGGUUGUUAUUUGAGACAUCAUAAAUGCAUGCAUAAGUUACACGAUUUUCAUUAGUGUUCCAAUGAUCAAUAUGUUUAAACCCAUCAUGUAUAUAUUUAUUUUCGAUUCUCCAAUAAAAUAAUCAAUACCAGUUUUUUAAUAAGAGGAGGCGUUACUGUUAUAGAAGUUGUUAUCCCCUCUCUGGUGAAUCAAUUUAAGUUAAUAUUUUGGCAAAAGCGUUACAUGGAAAGGCAGUUAUGAACAAGGGUGUCCCUAAAGUAAAAUAUUAUUAUGUUCUGCUUUUUUAAUAUGACAAAUUUAACCACAUGAAACCUUAUUCAAAUAACUCUUUAUUAAAAUUAGUGGCAUAACUGUUCUGACCUAACAAAACUACCAUAAUUAAUCUUAUGUAGUAACAUAGACCUACUGCAAACAGUGUACAUAUUAUUGGGAAUCUUAAAAAUAAUUUUAUAGUGUUCCUCUUUACUUUAUAUCAUGUCCUGGAGUUGCUGAUCCACACCCCUCACUUUACCCCUGGUAUGUUUUGAUUAGAUGAGGAGUAUAAAAAGUGGCCAGGGAAACCAAAAUGGAGUGGACAAUGCUGUCAAGGUGUAGGCCUAUUAGAUAUCUGAGCUCAUGUGUCGUAAGUCCAAUAUAUGGACUAAUAAUUUGGUCUGUCCUGUAAGCUUUGAUGGCCUUGAUGACCCAGAUAAAGGUUCCAUUAUCUUAUCAAACCACCCUGGCAAAAUGUAUGUCACCAGACACAGAAUGACAAAGCAUCUUGUCCUCAAGCAUCAUCAAUUGAAAUGAUUCAAUAUUAUAAUGUUUAAAUUAUUUUUUAUUAUUAUAUUAAAUGCUAUAACAUUUUGUUCUGGUCACAUAGAAAAUAUCUCUUAGAAAAUGUACAAUAUUACCCUUAGGAAGGGCCCAAUCCUAGGCAGGUUUUGUGCUCUCACCAUGCAUCAAUGCCCUCCACCCCUCCCCAGUUUUGUUCCUGCCAUUGUGAUAAAGGUUUGUUGUGAUCUUUUGUUCCCAGCCUCAGGGACUCCAGAAAGAAGUUCUAAAGGCAAUAAUAAAUUCUUUAUUGAAAGAUAAAAGGUUUGUUUAGAUUGCUUUCAAUGCACACAAUAAGUGCUAUCUGGAUAUCCAUAGGCUACAAAAACUUAUAAAGAUGUUUUUAUGUUUGGAAAACAGACUCAAAACAUUUAUUUGGGUUCAAUAAAAAAAAUGUAUUGUGGUUUAGUACAUUCAUUGAAUAAUAUGAUGAACAUUUAUUUUAUAAACAUUAAAAAAAACAUAUAUUUUAAAAUGUAAAGAACCUUUUAGAUUUUUGCUAAGAAAUUAAAAUCCUUAAAAGCAUGCUGCUAUAAGUGAAAUAUUUUUGUCUUACCCCCUCAUGCUGCUUAAUCACUAAUUUACUGUAGGAGUCAUGAUGGAAGGUUGUGGUAAGCCAUUGAUGUUCAUCAAAUGUGUCUAAUUGUGGAUUUAAUUUUAUGUGCUCUCUGUUGAAGUUUAACAAAUAAUGAAAUAAUGAUAAUUUGAUAAAACUUAAUAUUUUCAUAUAUUUUUCAUUCAUUCCUUAAUCUGAAAGAUCAAAAUCAUUUGUGGAAAUAAAAUUAUGUUUUGUUUUCUUUGCUUUGUUUUUUUAAAUAGAAUAAGUUAAUCUUUUAAUUUUUACUCAACUAUAUUUAAAAUAUAACGUUGGAUAAAAAAGGCUCCAAUCGCAUUUAUGUUCAGUUAAAAAAUUAAAAAACGCUGUUCAUUAAAAUGAAUAUUCACUGAAAAAGCCUAAUUUUUUCUACACACACAAAAAAAUUUUUUAUUGAGUCGCUAAAUGUCUUUUAGCAAUGGAAGCCUUUUUUUUUAAAAAAAAAGGAAACAUUUUGUAAAUCUCCUUUUGCAGGGUCCAUUCAAAAGAUGAUCUGCGAGCAUUCUUGGUUCUUCUCCAGGUAUAAUAACUUUAGUUUAUACCAAUGUGAAGAUGCUGGUUUGCAGUAUUUUUGAUUCUUGAUGAAGUUUAUAUCUUAAACUAAUAACAGUAUUUAAAAAGGUUUAUUUGUUGAACCAUUCUGUCAUUUUAUUGAUGUAAAAUGACUCUUGUAAAGUAAUCGCAAACAAAUUUAACCUAUUGAUGUUUUUGCACAGAAUCCUCAGUUUAGAAAUCAGACAACUUAUGUGAUAUUUGCUCACCUUCUGAGACAGAUUGCUGCCUUAUCUGACCAUGAUCAUCACUAUUUAGUUCAUUGGCUUAAAAGGUCAGAUAGCAUUGAGGAAUGUUACAUAAUUUAUAAAUACCAACAUUACUUUGUUGUGAAUUCUAUUUUCAUUGUGAAAAGCAAAUAAAGAAAAACCAUAGAAUUUUACAUUAUACAAUUCAUUCUAAUAAUAAUAAUAAUAAGACGUCUUAUAUAGCGCGGUACCGCUGUACAGAAAAAUUUUAUCAAAAGAGACAUAAUCAUGACAUUAAAAUAAAAUACAUUCAUAAAAUAAAGAACAGCAAUCUAUAUUCACCCACCCAACCACAUAACUUUUACAAGGCAAACCAUGGACGGCAGCCAGCAAUUCUAUUGUACCAAGACCAAGAAAACAAUGUUUUGUCUGUUUUAAAUAUUCAGCUCAUCAUUUCCUUUUACAACAAUUUAGAUCUAUUCUUUUGUUGCAAUUUCUUGUUUAUGAAUGACCUUCUACUAAUAAAUUUUAAAAUUGCAGCUUAAAGAAUGACAGGUUCAGAGCUAUUAUUGAAAGAAUACACAAUUUUAUCUCGGGCCGAUUGUUUCCACCUAAACCUGGUGAUUUACCUCCAUUAGCCAAAUGCUCAUGGUGGAUCCCAAGUGCAACAAAAGUGCUGGCCUUACUUAGUAAGUUUUCAUUUAGUUUUUCAGAACAAUUUAGAUAAUAUGCAGAAAUAAAAAUGAUAUAUGAUUUUUAAAAGUACCCGGUAGCCCACAUAUUUAUAGUUUUAUAAAAUGAAUUUGUUAGAAUUGACAUGAAUCUGUAUUUGGUUAACGUUUCUUCUAUUAUUCAUACAGAUGACAAUAAGUUUUAUAUACUUGGUUUUAGACUUGAAGAGUCAUAAAACUGUUAUAGACAUAGCUAGUAGUAAAAAUGCCUUAUAAAGUCCUUAGUACAAUAUCAUUGAAGGUGUUGCCAAAAGAGAUGAUUGUUAAGAAAUUUUAUUUAUUUCUUAUCAUUAAAAAUUUUUUGAAGUGAGAUGUUUGAAGAGUGCCACACAUAUCCCUUAUUUAUUUAUAUUUUUUAAAAAAUAAUUAAGUCAGAGUUUGGAUGUUUUAUUUAAAUUUACAAUCAAAAGGAUCGCAAAAGCAGCAGCAACUAUGGCUAAACUGAAUAACACCAGGAACAUAAACUUGCAAAUCCCAUCUACAUGCAUAGGAGCCAAAAUGAUAAAUAAAUUGAUCGUGGGCCCUUAAGAUAUAGAAGAAGGAGAAGAUAAGCGGGUGUGGAAUAAUCUCAAUCUAAUUGAUAAAACAAAAACAAGUGUCUAUCAGGCAUGUGUGCUUAGUAUGCUCCUAUAUGGCAGCGAAGUGUGGACCACAUAUACCAGUCAGGAGCGGACACUAAACAGCUUCCAUCACAGAUGUCUGCGUUGCAUUUUACGCAUUCGAUAGCAGGACAAGGUACCUAACAUGGAGGUCUUGGAAUAUGCACAAAUGUUUAGCAUAUUCUCCGCUCUUAGCAAGAGGCGUCUUCUCUGGUAAGGUCAUGUAAGGAGAAUGGAGGAAGGCCUAAUCCCAAAGAUGCUGCUGUAUGGAGAUUUGGCAGAAGGGACAAGACUUAUUGGACAGCCACGCCUUAGAUUUAAGGAUGUUUGCAAAAGGAGCAUGAGGGAAGCCAAUAUUGUAAACAAUGAAUGGGAGCUCAUUGCCAAACAACGUUCCAGCUGGCAAACAGCAGUGUAUGAAGGAGUAAAAAAGGCAGAAGAUACGCGAAACGAAGCCCUUGCAACAAUAAGAACAAUACGGAAGUCAAAGGAAUCAAUAUUCCUCUGCGAGAAAUGCAGUCGACAUUGUCAUUCUAGGAUUGUCCUAGUGAGUGUAGGACUACAUAGCUACUCCAUCGUCUCGCGAAGACGGAAGGAUGUAUAUAUAUAUAUACAAUCAAAAGUAUUAUUUUAAUUGAAAUACUAUUCGUCAAUUAGCAAAUAAUGAUGGAGAAUUAGAAAUUCUUAAUUUGUCAUUAGUGAGUUGUACAUAAUUUUAAUACAUAAAUUAAUUAGCAUUUUUGAAAAAUAUCUUCUUUACCAUAGAUUUAUUUCAAAUUUUUUUAGAUGCAGCUAAUAGUCUUCUGAUACCCCAUCUUGUCCCUUAUGUUGAAUUCUACAACAGCACUCUAGAUCAUCUUGAUUUAAUGGCAGAAUAUUAUGCUUGGCAAAACCCUAGUUCUCAUGCAGGGUAGGUGGUCACAAAUUAUAAUUUAAAACUUAGAAUUGAUGAGAGACUAUAGGUUGUUGCUCAUCAGUUUUUGCAAUAUGAUAGGCUGAUUAUAGUUAUAGGCUGAUUAUAGUUCAAGUUUCAGACUUGAUCUUUUAAUAAAACUCACACAAAACUCUUCACCUGCAAGAUGAGAUGUUAAGGGUGAGCAAUUGGUAAAGCGAGAAGAGACCACAUUCAGAACCAGGAAAUAAGACAAAUGGUUGGUGUCAUCCCAAUCAGUCAGUAUAUGGCCCAACAGCAAAUUAAUUUCAGAAUACCUGUUAAUCAGCCUGCAUUGCAGGGCCAAAGGAAAACCACGCUAGCAAUGGAUCGACUGUGACAGCAAUACUCUCCCAUACUUUUAGUGCACUCCUCUACUGUCUACUUUCAGUUAUUAUUGAAUGAUCCAUAUCAAUGCAACUCAUUUGUGGAUAAAUUUAAAUCCUAAUAAUAAUCACCUUUAGGUCUCUUUAGUAGAUAUUGUCAGCCUUUAAAAAUUUAGUAAAUAAACUAUUAUUUGAAUAAAUGUAACAAGCCAUAAUCAUUUUUCUCAACAGAUUCUCAUUUUGUCAGUAUCCUUUCAUACUUAGCAUAGCAGCCAAAAAGUCUAUUCUCCAAAAAGAUUCUGAGCAGCAAAUGAUUAUCAUGGCCAGGGUAAAUCCUUCCAUUCCUUGUCUAUUUUUAUUUUAUUUAAACUAUGCACAAAUUUCCAUACUUAUAAUUAUUGUGUUCAGUAACAAUUAUCAUAAUAAUAUACAUUAUUCAAGAAAAUUUCUUGAAAUUAUGUUAAAAAAAGCAAAUUAUAAAUAGAUUUGUGAACUUUCAGAAAAGUCUUGUUGCCAAAGUUCAGCGAAGGCAAUUACCAGACAUAGGAAUGCUCUUUCUCAAUCUGACAGUGAGAAGAUCUCAUCUAGUUUCAGAUUCACUAAGUGAGGUAAGAUAAUUUCUUCUUCAAAUUGAGGAGAUUUUCUUUUAAUCCAACCUACAUUUUUGAAAAUGAAGAUUCAUGAUAUGAUUGAUUGAAUAUUUUAAAUAGAUAUUUUUAAGACUUAGCUUAGACUAACUAUAAGUGUUAUUUCAUUUCCUUUGAAAAGAAUAGGCAUAAGAGGCAGUUGCAAAGGGUAUACAAAUAAAUUUGACAUGCUCUUCUAAAACAAAGUCAAAUGUAUGAAAAUCAUCAUAGCAGAUGUCAAUUUUAUUAUUGAUUUUUUAAAGUAUUCAUAUAGCCCAGUUUUUAUGUGUGCUCAGAUUGCUAAAAAACAACAUGAUCUAAAGAAAAAACUGAAAGUGUCAUUUGCUGGUGAGCCAGGAUUAGACAUGGGAGGCCUUACAAAGGAGUGGUUUCUCUUACUUGUCAGACAGAUUUUUAUGCCAAAUUAUGGUCAGUAGCAAUUAAAAUUACUUUAUUAAUUACUUUGUAAAAAUAAGCCCACCUUAUCAUGUUAUGCAAAAUCUAUAUUUAUUAUUCAUAUAUUUGCCAAAUGAUACAAUUAACCUUUUCUUUGUGUCUACUAAUGGGCGUUUUCAGAUUUGUUUGCCCCAUUUAAGAUUGUAUCCAUGCUUUUGCCUGUUUACAAGUUACAAUGACCUUUCCUAUGAAUUUUUUUUAUCCAACCAGUACAAUAUUGGAAUUUAAAGAAUUUAAAUAAAGUGUCAUUAUAGCACUUUGGAAGUGACCUUUGUUCUUUUUAAAAGUUUACCUUGAAUGAGUUAUAGUCUAAAAAAAAGAAAUCAUGUUAUAUUGCAUCUCAUGGUCAGUGACCAAUAUCACCAUAUAUAGCAAACUCGGAAAUCAUUGAAGAACAGACUAAGCAUAAGUGAGGGAACACUUCUACCAAAAUUUUGUCUGUUAAAAAAAGAAAAACAGUUUCUGAAUGGGCAUAGAAAAAGCAGUAUUUAAGCUGCAUUUUAAAAAUUAAUAUUAAUGAAUGUUCAUUUCUUUAGGAAUGUUCACAUAUGAUAAAGUUGCCGGAGUUCACUGGUUCAGUCCAACACCUUGUGACAACUACCAGGAGUUCAACCUUGUUGGUGUUGUAUCCUUUAAAACAGAUUUAAAACACAUAAAACCCUCUCUCAAAUCGUAUUAGUUUCUUAAAAUAAGUUUUUGUUCUGUAAUAAUCCUUAACCUUAAACAGCUUAUGGGUUUGGCAGUGUACAAUUCAAUCAAUUUAGAUAUAAGAUUUCCAUCAGUUUGUUACAGAAAACUCUUGUCACCCGCAGUGGUUCCUUUCAAUAAUCCAAGAGCUACUGUUGGUGUCUGCAGUGUUUCACUGCAUGAUCUCAAGGGAGUUAAACCAGUAGGUUUUUUUUUUUUUUUGGAUCAAGCUUCUCAAUAAUUGAACAUAAGAUAUGCAUUUGUAAAUAAGUAGCUAUAAAAAAUUACCUGGAACCACUAUUAGGUAUGACAAUAAUAGAAAUAAAUGUAGGCCUGCUUUUUUUUUAAAUCUAGGCCUGGUAUUUCAUUUUCAAAAGUGACAUCUUUUUAUAGAUACAAAUAAUGAUGUUUCCAUAAUUAAAAAAAAAUUGUAAUUAAAUAGUAACAAAGAUUUCCUCAAACAUUCUAAUUUCUAUUUUAAAUUCACUUGUAAAAAGGCCAUACUUGAUUGUUAACUUCAAUAUUUCAUCUAUUUAGGAGGUAGCCAAAGGUUUACAAGAUUUGCUUGAUUUUGAAGGUGAUGUUGAGGAAACAUUUUGCCUCACUUUUGAGGUAAAUUUUUGAUACAACAUAUUUCCAUUUUGAAAUAAUUGAAGUAUUGCUAAAUUUUAAUACAAUAUUUCAAAAUUCUUGAUUAAGCUGAAAAAAAAAAUACAUGAAAAUUUUUAAGAUCACUAUUUUGAAGCACGAAAAUGGUCAGUUGCAUCCACACAAAACUAAAAAAAUAAUUUUAAAAAAGGCAAUUUUGUAAUGAGUAAAUUAAGUAAGACUAGUCAUUGUGUAAGCUGUCUGCUCUCAUCUCCCUAAUUUUAUAUAGUUGUAUAGUUUAUAUAUAAUUUAAAUGUUCUUUCUAAUUAGGUGGUUCAGUCAACAGUUGGGGAUACCAAGACUGUGCCACUGAAACCUAAUGGAAGAAGUAUUCCUGUCACAUCUGAUAAUAAAAAAGGUAUCUUUGGACAGUUUUAAAAUUGUAAUUAUAAUGAACAUAUGGGAAAUCUAAUACAUUCAAACAACUUUUCAUACAACAGGAUUUUAAAAAAAAGAAAGAAAAUAGUACAGUAUAGAGCAGCAGUGACGUGUCUAUAGUUAACUAUGAAAGGUGUAGUAAAACUUUCUGUUCUCUGAGUUGUACAAACUUCAGAUAAGUGGAUUUUGUUUAGGCAUAAUAUGGCUAGAAAUAUAGAAUGUUUAACAAUUUUAUCUGGUCAAAAUAAGUUAAGAUUUAAGUUUAUUGGAUAAAUUGCCUAUUCUAAAGUGAAUGUUAUGAAUAAUUGGGUUUGAACAUAUAAUAUUACAUGUAUUUUAGCUAGAACAUGGGGAAUCUGUAAGCCAUGAUGCAGCAUUUAAUCUAACCUAGGAAAUUUGGCCAAAUAACCAAAUUUGGCCUAUUAACUAUUUUUUUAGCUUUCAUAUUUUCUUAAAUUCUAGGUAGUCUAUUGAAAAUUCAAAGAUUACCAUAAUUUUUAAAAUAAGCUCACUGAUCAAAUCUAGCAUUAUUGUUCCUCAUAGCUUCAAUUUUCUACUGGAUUAAUAUUUUAAACUGCUGAAUGAUAUCCACAGAGUAUGUUCAGCUGUAUGCAGAGUGGAUUGUCAACAACUCUAUAUACUCUCAGUUUCAAGCUUUUUAUCAUGGCUUUCACAGUGUUUGUGCUUCAAAUGCUCUCAUCGUAAGUUCUGUAUAUAAAAAUAUGACUAUCAAUAUUCAAGUAGAAGUUGUUAGUCUUAUUAAUGGAAUAAACAAUUUGUGAUCAUUUGGUUCUAAAUUAAUUUUUCAUAACUAUUUAAUGACAACCUGAAGUGUACAGUAAAUGUAUUUUUCCCAAAACAGAUGCUACGACCUGAAGAAGUUGAGACUUUGGUAUGUGGAAGUCCAACUCUAG